AUGGCGGACGCCGACAUCCACGACCGCUUCUCGCCCAACAAACCCCUCGAGCCCGAUGUCGUGGCUGAGCUGCGAUCCAUGAUGCGUCUGCACGACCUCUCCGCCGAGGAUCUCUACUUCAAAUGGGAGUCGUACUGUAUAAAGCUCGACCUCGACGCUCAGGACCUCCGGCUCAAGCACGUGCGCAACCUCAAGCAGAGCAUACAGGAUGCGCUCGAGAGGAACCACCGGCAGGCCCAGGUCAAAUCCGAGCGCAAGGUGCAGGCAACGCCGAGAGCAUCCGGCACCGACGUCUUCGGCAUGCUCGAGGGCUUGGUGCCCAGCACGCCGGCCUCGGGGGGGAAGCUCGGCCGGGCCCCUGGCAGUGGGAGCACAAUCAAACGGAGAACAGAGACGCCCCACGGCCUGGGAAGUUCUCCGGCCGGCGGCAUGCGGGAACAGUUGAGGGCGAUGAACGGUCAAUCUGCCACCUCCUUCAGCGACCGAGCAAACCCGGGCGAGGUCAUCGAAGUCCUCAACGAUAGCCUCCCGCCUCACGAACCGCCCAUGGCGCCCUUCUCCGAGCCACGGAUCAAGCUCACCGCCGCGUCGGACCAGAAGAAGAUGGCAUUCAAGCCGCUCGCCAUGAAGCUCUCCGAGUCGAGCGAGAUGCUCGACGACCGCAUCGACGACUUCCUCAGCCUUGUUCAACAGCACCACAACCUCGAAGACUCGGCCUUUGGCAACGGCGCGAGCCAGGGCACGGCCGAGAUCGUCGUCGUCGGCCGCAUCGCCUCCGAUUCCCUUGAGGGAAAAUUGAACGCCGCCUCGCUCGUCAUCGAGAUGUCGCGACGGACCGGCAUGGGCUUCCGCGUGCCGCUCAACAUGAACAAGAUACGCCAAUGGGCCUUCUUCCCCGGGCAGAUCGUUGCCCUCAAGGGCGUCAACCCGACGGGGAACGAGUUCGUCGUCCAUGAGCAGCUGGACGUGCCGCUGCUGCCCAGCGCUGCCUCAACCGCCGCCGCGCUGCAGGGGCACCGUGAGAGGCUCAUGGGGGGGGCCGACGCCGACGUCGACACCGAGCCCCGGCCGCUGAGCAUUCUAUUCGCCUCGGGUCCCUACACGGCAGACGACACACUCGACUUCGAGCCGCUCCACGCGCUCUGCAGCCAGGCAGCCGACACGUACGCCGACGCCCUCGUCCUCACCGGCCCCUUUCUCGACAUCGACCACCCACUCAUCGCGACGGGCGACUUCGACCUACCGGACGAGGCCAACUACGACCCCGACACGGUGACGAUGAACACCGUCUUCAAGCACCUCGUCGCUCCCGCCCUCGUCCGGCUUGCGGCCGCGAACCCGCAGAUGACCAUCGUUCUCGUCCCCUCGGUCCGCGACGUCCUUGACAAGCACGUUGCCUGGCCGCAGGACGCCGUCGUCCGCAAGGAGCUCGGCCUGCCGAAGUCGGUGCGCUUCGUCACCAACCCGAUGACUCUCUCCGUCAACGACAUGGUUCUCGGCAUCUCGAGCCAGGAUAUCCUCUACGAGCUGCGGGCCGAGGAGGUCGCCCAAGGCGUCGUCAGCGGCGAGCUCAUGGGCCGUCUGGUCAGGCACCUCGUCGAGCAGCGCCACUACUUCCCGCUCUUCCCGCCCACCGACCGCGCGAGGCUGCCGAGGACAGGUACCGAGGACGGCAGGGCGACGGGUGCGAUGCUGGAUGUCGCGUACCUGAAGCUCGGCGAGAUGGUCAACGUACGGCCCGACGUCAUGAUGAUGCCGAGUGCACUGCCGCCGUUUGCAAGAGUUGUCGAGAGCGUCCUCGCCAUCAACCCGGGCCACUUGUCCAAGCGCAAGGGCGCGGGCACGUAUGCCCGUAUGACGUUGCAUGCGCCCAAGACGAAGGGCACCGAGUCGGCCGAUGGUAUGGUGAGCCACCGGGUCUUCGACAGGGCGCGGGUGGAAAUUGUGCGGAUAUGA